UGAUGACAGCGCACUCUAGUACUGUGUAACUGCUUAAUUUGUUAAGAGGGGACAACUGGUACAUUUGGUUGAGAGAAAGUGUGAUUGAAAGAGUAUUUGCAAUGGGAGAAAAGUGUGUCUAUGCUGUUGAGGGUCAAAGACACACACCGCGCACGCACAUACACUGCACUGUUGGAACUAGAAACACAAACACUUCGCUGCACCGCCGAUUAUAUCGGCCUACUUGUGUACACGACCAAUCCAAUUUGAUUGGAUUUGACACAAACACACAGUCGGAGAACCCCUGUCAGAGGCCCCUUCCACACCACGCCACCCCCACCCGCCCCCUGCUGCUUUUCUCCCAGUGCCCAGAGUUGAAGUCAGCUGUGCAGGCAGGAGAACAGUGGAGACUGGCCUCUCUGGAGCUCUGCGGUUCUGUUUCUAUCUCCACCAGGCUAGCGGAAUGCUAACCGAAUGCUAACGAUGACUCAGUCUGCCGAGUUCUUUGACAUGCUGGAAAGGAUGCAGGAUGACUACAUCCCAUACCCGCGGAUAGAGGACAUUCUGGAGAAGGGUAGCCCAUACCCGCAAGUGAUCCUGCCCCAGUUUGGGGGUUACUGGAUUGAGGACGCCGAGGCACCUGCAGGCACCCCCACCUCUUCGGACGGCAGCUUCUGUGAGGAGGAUGACGGAGGGGGCAUGAGCCCUGCGGGGGGGUUCGGCUUCAGGCUGGAGUGUAACAGCACGGCCAGGGCCUACCGCAAACACUUCCUGGGCAGGGAGCAUAUGAAUUACUACUGCACAGGCAGCAGUCUGGGGAACCUCAUUAUGUCACUGAGGCACGAGGAGGCAGAGGGCCAGGAAUUCCUCCGCAUCAUGCUCAGGUCGAGGACAAAGACACACCAUGACAGGAUCUCUCUGGCAGGCCUCAACCAGCUUCCCAGUGUACCCCAGAUAGCCAAGCUUCUCUGCGACGACGUGACUGGCCUGAAGUUCAACCCAGUCCUCUACCCCAGAGGCUCUCAGCUGAUAGUAGGUUAUGACGAACAUGAAGUGAACAAUACCUUCAAGUUUGGUAUCAUCUACCAGAAGUUUGGUCAGACGUCAGAGGAGGAGUUGUUUGGGAACAACGAGGAGACGCCAGCCUUCCGAGAGUUCCUUGGUGUUCUGGGAGACAACAUAGAGCUGAAUGACUUCAAGGGGUUCCGUGGUGGUCUGGACGUAUCCCACGGUCAGACAGGCUCUGAGUCCGUCUACACCGUCUUCAGACAGAGAGAGAUGAUGUUCCACGUCUCCACUAAACUACCCUUCACCGAGGGAGACGAACAACAGCUCCAGAGGAAGAGGCACAUAGGAAAUGACAUCGUGGCGGCGAUCUUCCAGGAAGACGCCACCCCCUUUGUACCUGACAUGAUUGCCUCCAACUUCCUCCAUGCGUAUGUGCUGGUGCAGGUGGAGAACCCUGGUACUGAACACACUACAUACAAGGUGUCUGUUACAGCGAGGGAAGAUGUACCUCCAUUUGGCCCACCUCUCCCCAAUCCAGCGGUCUUCAAGAAGGGUCCUGAGUUCCGCGACUUCCUGCUGACAAAGCUGAUCAAUGCAGAGAACGCCUGCUACAAGUCUGACAAGUUCGCCAAGCUAGAGGGGCGGACGCGAGCUGCCUUGCUGGAUAACCUUCACGAUGAGCUCCACAGACAGACCCAGGCUACUCUGGGGCUCGGCCACGCUGGGGAGGAGGACAAGCUGGAGAACGGGGGCCAUGGGGGACUGCUGGAGUCCUUCAAGCGUGCGAUGCGCGUCCGGAGUCACUCCAUGGAGACCAUGGUAGGGUCCCACCGUCACCGGAGUCCAGGGGUGGGAGGGGGGGUCCCGGCCAGCUUGAGUGGAGGGGGGCUGCCGCAGAGCACCGAGUGCACAAAGAGUACCUUCUCGCCACCAGUGCUGUCAGCCAAGUCUCCCCUAAAGAGUCCAGUGAAGCGUCGUUCAGGCCUCUUCCCCCGCCUCCACUCCAGCACAGAGAGCCCCUCGGACAGACACGCACGCAGUGACCAAAAGACCCCAGACAUUUGCCCCCUCGGACAGGAAGGGAGAUCAGAGACGUCGUCCAACCCCAGCUCGCCAGAGAUCUGCCCCAACAAGGAGAGGCCGUUCCUCAAGCUGAAGGACUGCAGCAGCAGCAGACCCAACAUCUCUCGCUCGUCCUCCAGCACCAGCAGCUUCAGCAGCACCACUGGAGAGGGAGAGGCCCUGGAGGAGCUUGACACUGGAACCCAUCCGUCCAUAGCCUCGUCGUCCGUGUUCAGCCCCUUCCCUUCCCUCAGCGUGGAGAGCCAAGGCUCGGCCACCCCCCUCAUCAUGUGUCGCAGUCCCACAGAUGUGAAGAGUAAGAUGUCUCCCAGGUCAAACUUGAAGUUCCGCUUUGACAAGAUGAGCCACUCCACAACAUCCGAGUAGAAAUCUGGAUAUUCCAAAAAAGGGACAACACUGGCUGUUGGAGCAAAAAACAGCCACAACAUCACCCACGCAUCACAAUGGAAUCCCAAAAUGUACUUACCUUCAUGACUUAAGGGAAUUAAGUGAACUAGCUAGUGCGUAAGAGCAUACACACACAGACAGAUACUGAGCUGGAAAGGAGAGAGAAUCCUGUGAGUCUGAACUAAGAAGGGGUGAAAGAAAGGUUCCUCUCAGUAUCUCUCUCUCGACAUGUCUGGUAUAGAAAUAGCUCACAGUGAGAGGUGCCCACGUGUUGCUGACAUCACACCACAUGUUUAUUGGCCCCUGGUCUGAUUAAAAUACUCAUCUGCAACAUUAACCUGAUACAACUAGACAAGGCAAAGGUUAAAGGUCCAAUGCAGGCAUGUUUAUCUCAAUAUCCAAUCAUUUCUGGGUAACAGCUAAGUACCUUACUGUGAUUGUUUUCAAUUCAAAUUGUCAAAAAGAAACAGAAAUAGCUUCUUAGCAAAGGGCAAUUUCUCAAGCAAGAAUCUUGCUAGGCCUGUGGGGAGGGAACAAUGAAAAUGAGCUAUUAUUGGCAGAGAGGUUUGGAACUCUCUUUCUUAUUGGUCUAUUAACCAAUUUACCGCAUGGUGAUGUCACCGUGGAAGGCCAAACCUCUAUCCCAGCAGAACAGGCUGAAAUUUCAGGAGCUCUUUUCAAACAGCUCCUACACUAAAAGGGCAUUAUCAUCCUUUUCACUAUUUCACAGUAUUAUACCAACCUCAUAGUGUGGAAAUAUAUAUAAAACACAGGACAAUCUCGUUUUUGACUGCACUGGGCCUUUAACCUCACAACAUUCGUGGUCACUGAUUUAUGACACUGUGGUGAUGGGUCACUUUUCCGCUGGACUCAUCUCUCCUAUUACAGUGAUUGCUUAUUGUUGUCCUCUUCUGUUAUGAUCUCCAUAUCUGGGUCCAGGUUGGUGUAAGUUGUUGUACUGUCCUUCAGAAAGGGAUGUUGUUGUUAACCUGGGGGACUGUCUCUCUUGCCUUUGCCCCAGUAUGUCUGUUUGGGGACAGUUCCUCUAUUGCCUGACAAGGAGUUCCUGCUGCAGUAGUUUAGCUGCUUUUUAAGUCACCUGUUGUAAUGCUGGUCGUCUAAACCCCUUGGCCUCACGUACAGUAUGUAUCUGCUGCACAGUCAACGCAGGUCAAUAGAAUGGAUCAAUCCACAAUAGAGAUAGAUACAGUAUUUAUAUACUGUAUAGAUACUAGGGUUUCUAGGGUUACGGUCAAUUCCAUUUCCGUUCCUUUUUUUUUUUUUAUCUCAUAGGAAGAUAUUGAGGACAGUUGGAAUUUAACUAUACUUCCUGAAUUGACAUGGAAUUGAUAGAUACAGUGUUUAUCUCUAUGGCUCAAUCCUCAUCAAACAGUUUUGAAGUAUUCAAGUUUGUCUUAAGCUGCAGAAGGAAGGGACUUUACCCUCAUGAACCAAGUGCUCUAUUAGUGGAGAUUUGCUCACAUGAAAAGAAAAAUGCCAUUGCGCUCUGUCACAAGCUUAAUAUAGCCAAAGUCGCGCCUUACAAUCUUUCUGAAACCCUUUCACCUUCCGGGUGCUUCUCACUGUGUGAGAGGUUGAGCAGAGAGUUUGGAUAAGGUUUUAUUUGGUUUACGUUUAGCUGUGGGUGUCUGGUGAAUCCAAAACCUGCAUUCAAAUACUAUUUGAAAUCAUUCAAAUACUUUGAGUGUGCGCUCCAGCCUGCCUUGGUUUGCAGUUUUUGGGACAGGCAAGUUAAUCAAGCACAGAUCAUGGAUUUGAAAUGGUUUAAUAUAGUAUUUGAACCCAGGUCUGCUUUCCACAUGCCCUUAUACAAACAUCCAGUUGUAUUUCACCCAGUUCAUCAAUGUUCGUUGAAAACAUGUCUGCUUAUGAAGGAUGCAUAGCUGAGAAACUCACAGGCCGCUCCAUGGAAAUCAUGUUUAGCCGUUCAAGUCAUUUCGCAAUGUUUUCUUUUUCUCUCACUAACAUUUUUCCAAAAAUAAAUCAUUGACCAGAGAAUAUUUUAAAGGGAUCUUACGUAUUUUGGAAGUGUGAUUGAGCGCUAUGUGAUUUUGAUGGUUCAUUUUUCAGUCUUAAGUGAAAACAAACAGAAAAAAACAACAUUUGAUGUUAAAAAAAUGUUAGAGCAUUGUAGUUCCAAAAGAUAUUACAAUGCAACUUUACCUUGUUGUAAGCUAUAUGAUUAUAAACGAAUCAUGUGUGAAUGUCUUCACCCAGGAACGCAUCGAAAUGGCAAGGUCUCCAUUGAUGUGACCAGCUAUAUUUGAGUUUGGGAGAAUAUCCAUGCACUAUAGAGGUUCAUUCUUAUCGCUGGAGUAUUUGUGACUGGAGUUCUGUUAUGUGGUACACAAAAACUCAGAAAGUUGAGCAGGGCAGAGAGUUAAAUAGGAACUAGUCUUUUAGUUCGUAGAGGGCAUCCACAAGUGCCCCUCAGCCUACUCUCUAUUAAUAAGGCCAUAAUUUAUUGAUUUUAUCUUUUGCUAUUGAUGUUAUGUAAAAAUGUAAUUGCAGAUUAAAUUAACGAAAUAGGUCAAAUGAAAAGACAUUUUAAUUUAAAAAGCCUACAAAUGCAUAUGUAUAUUUCGUUAUGUAAUGUGGCAUUAAGAAUUUAUUAUGAAAUAAAAUGUUGUAUUUUGUGUCAA